AUGGGUUCCGUUGAACGUGAAGACUACGGCACCGUCCGCUUCACCGUACCAGACGAUUCAAUCACUGCGUAUGACCGAGCAAUCUACACGCUUCCCGCAAACGCAGACUACAGAGAUCAAAAGGUCAAGUUGCAUGACAUUCGCACCGCAACAGAUAUUCUGCCAGGUCUUGCAGGACUGGACAACCAGGGCUUCGCCUAUCACAAGCACAAGUCCGCUUUGUCGGGAGACGAAUGGCUGAAAGACGGAAAUGUUGAAGAGAUCUACACCAAAGAGUUGAGAGACUUGAUCAUGAAGGUGACGGGUGCAAGGGAUGCAUUUGUCUACUGUGUUGCCUUCCGUCGAAGAGCUCCUGUGGAUAUAGGUGUCGGUAAAGUCGAGUUGCGUGGUGGGGAACUGGACCAGGUCAUGCAAUGCGUGCCUCGUGAUAAGUGCUUGAUCUCGGGAAGAGAUGCGUACUCCACGGAACCUUCGCGUCAAGUACACAUUGACAUCUCACUCAACGGUCUCUUGGAGACUUUUCGAUCCUGCCGGAAAGACAUAACGAAGAAAGCUCAGCACAUUAUUGACGCAGUAGACAAGGGCGAACCGGUCCCCCGUUACGCAGCAUUCAGCAUCUGGCGUCCACUCAAACCCGUGAAACGGGACCCCGUCGUGGUGUGUGACACACGAACCAACGAUCCCAAAGAAAUAGUACCAGUCGAGUUCCGUGCUCUCAGUGAGUUCGAAGACUCGUCCACCUAUACUAUGGAAGCUCUCAUGGGAUUGCCGCCAAAGCACCCAGAGAGGCAAAAAUGGUAUUACAUUUCAGAGCAGAACCCCGACGAGGUGCUCAUCAUCAAGUUCGCCGACUCCGCUGCCGGUGAAGAUACUGGUGUGGCUCCUGGUGCUUUGCAUACCUCGGCAAUUCUGGAGGGAACAGAAGAUGAAGAAGUGCGGGAGAGCGCGGAGGCGCGAGUCUUUGUGUUCUGGUGA